ACUAGUGGGAUUGGGCAACUUUUUUGUUUUAUGCAAACUUUUAUCUUCUUUUUUAAUGUUGAAAAAUUAUGAUGGAUUAGUAAAACAAUGCCAUACGCAUGCAUAUUCACUUCCACGUAUCACAUAAAUAUGUAGGUAUCUUGUGUAAGUAGACUAAAGCUGAGAAGUGUUGAAUUUGCAGUAAAUGUGCAAAGCAUUUACGCAUAAUUGUAUAAAAUUAUAGCUACGUCAAGCUAUUUUAACUUUUACAAAAAAAAAAAAAAAUAAAAAUUGCUAUCCAAAUACCAAGCAACAAAUUUCGAAAGUGCCUACAAACAAGGACAAAUUUUAAUUCCUUUAAAAUAUAAAAAAAGUGAUAAACCCGGAUAAUCGCUUAGCGUUUGGUCCGCUAAUAAAUAAUUAAAUAUUAAACGCGUUUUCCGUAUUCAAUUUUAUUCAUCCAAGAGCGACUUUAUUUUAUAUUUACCUUCAUCAUUGAUCCAGAAAAAAAGCGUAAAAAUAACCAUCAGAAACUGCUACAGAUUAGAAAUAUAUUAUGGAAAAAGGGAAAGUUCAUGUAAAAAGCGAACAACGUGGCGUGUCUACACAAUCACAACAACAAGCAACACCAAAGCUAGCUGAAGGUCAUCUUGCUGCGUCACUGUCACCCGAUUCGAAAUCGUCCCCUUAUAUGGGAACGCAUCACAACUUGGAUCAUUCGCUACAGUCAGCAUACUAUCAUCCUCAACGUCCAUCAUCUAAAACAAAUCCAGCCAAUAUUUCGGAAUGUGAUACUCUCGGCAAUUCAGCUAACGAUGGCGUAUUCCCUUUGUGUUACGUUUGCGGUGGUAACGGCGGCUGCGAGUCUUUACGUAUACGUCCGAAUCAAGAAUGUCCAACGGAACCAUAUUUUCCCUUCCUAGAACGCCAUGAGCCGCCUAACGGCGUGCCAAAGGUAGCGAACAGUCAAACAUAUGUAAUCGCUUGUAUGUUAUGUUAUCGAUCCUUGCGAGAACAAUGGGAUGCAUACGAACGGAAGAAGAAACCGCAUUUGCAACGCUUAUAUCAUAUGAAACGGGUGGAUGGCAAAAAUUACAUAGGCGCCGACAUCCAAACGCAAGGCGAAUAUGCUGCUCAGGUGCUCGGCUUGAGUGCUGAUCAUUUGCAGCAUGGCACUUUGCAUGAGGAUUUCGCUUACUUUGGCAAUGUGCAGAGGACACCAAAUCGCGCUGAAUACGAACGGCCGGCGAAUGUGGUAAAUCAAUAUUUUCCUGUGCAUUCAAAUGAGCCGCCAUCGUCACUACAUUAUGCUCAAACGACGAAUGUCCCUAGCAGUUCAUCGGCACAACAGUACUGUGAUUAUUACAAUCGAAAUGUUAACGCGACCUUAAAUGGCCAAUUGACGCCACAACCAAAAGAAAAACAAAUUAGCUCCACGCAGUUACCUAAGGGUAUGACACACAUGAAUGAGGAACCUUCCACAGUUGAAACACGUAAAGCAGUUGCCAGCGGUUCGCCGUAUGAAUCAAUUAAUAUAAAAUCAUCAUCAUUUGCGCAUCACAAAUUCAAAUUGGGACAGAUUUCCUAUAUGAACUCAGCUGCAGCACGCCACGAUCUAAAUCCACCAAAUGAAGCUCAAAAACCUACUUCUAAUUUAACUUCUGAUAGCAAACAGCACCAAAUACAACAUCAGCGACAAGAUCGCAUCAGUCCAUAUGAUUAUGGUAUUGCAGCUGGUGGCGGAAGUCAUUCGAAUGCCCCUUCGAUGGCUGAUGCCGACGAUACUGGUGCCGCUUUAGAUUUGCGAAACUCUAACAACAUUUGUGAACCCUAUAUGCUAUCAUGCGGUACCUCGCGGCAAAUGUUUAGAAAUGCCUCGCCUAGCAAUACAGCCAACCAAGUGGAUGUCGGCAUACUGGAUUUGUCAAUGCCAGACAAAAACUCAUUGACUGAAGUAUGUUAUGUUUGUGGUGAUGAGCAGCGGCGUGGUAGUCUCAUCGAACUCAGUACUGUACGUUCCAAAGAUCUGAAGGGUCGCCAUCAUCCGUACUUUCCCAUUUUCAAUGAACAGCAUCCACGUCCGCCACGUUCACGCCCAAAGGAUCCGCGUGGCAUGAUACAAGCCUGUCAGCUAUGCUUUGAAAAUCUUAUACAACAAUGGAACAGCUAUCAGACUGGCCAAACACCUGAAAAUGAUCGCUCCUAUACGCUACGUAAGAAACCCACAUCCGUCACGGAACGCACCACAUUUGUAUGCUAUACUUGUGGCGGCGAUACGCCCUCUUCACGAUUACGGCUAGUCUACUGCUGUCCAAAUGCUGAGCGCGAGCCCUACUAUCCCUUCAUAAAAACAAUGAAAGCUUUCAAAAACGCUAGUCCAAUUAGUCCACAGGGCAUGGUGCAAAUAUGUUCCUCUUGUUAUGAAAAGCAUUUAUACUUAGCUGAAGGUGGCAAUAAUGCUACAAUGGCAACAGCUACCUCUACGGGGCGUGUAUCCGUCGGCGCUGGCUGCGAUAAUAGCGCUGGCGUUGGAGGUGCCGGCGUUAUUUACAGCAUUGAUAGCGACUCAAAUCUCAAUAACAACAAUGUGAUCGGCACCAGUGCUGAGGGUGCUGGACGUUAUACACCCUCUGAGAAGUCAUUAGCCAAUUCCGAUUCGACAAGUAAUGUGAAAUUUAAGCCAUACGAACCAAUCUCAAAUAGUUCUCCAUCCACACAGCGUGAUUUUAAAUUCGCACGACAGGGUGAUUCGCGUCCAAAUUCGCCGACAUCAUCAUCUCAGGGACCCGGCGAAAAUGAGCGUGGACAAUAUCCUUGCUCCAUUUGUAAAGUCCUUUCCGCUGCCAACAAAAUGGAAUGGCUCUCUACUAGCGCCGAACACAUGAAUUCGCAUGCCAUGCAUUUUCCCUGCUUGCGUGGAAGCAAUAGCAACAGUCGUGAUAAUGUCAGCUUAAGUGGCAACAAUGGAGGUGGUGGUAAUGGUAGCGGUGGCUCUGCCAAUAACAACGAUACCAACAAUCGUGUACUCGCCUGCAAGGAUUGUGUUAAUUACUUAGCGCGUCAAUGGGAGACAAUGGAUGCCGAGCGUGUGCCAUUAGAGCAUAGAAGAUACAAUAUACCUUCGCCCAUGAUCACUUCAAGCUCACCCAAUGGCUCACGUCAUGGCGGUCUAACCAUAACUACACCACCGUCCACGCCAUCUGUGUCUUCAACACCAGCCAGCACAUCGAUUUAUUGUUUCCUAUGUGGCUUGCAUUCGGAUUUGACAUUGGCGAGGGUGUUGUAUGCAAGCAAAGAGGUAAAGUUUAAUUGCAAUUUUGUAUUUGUAAGAAAGUUUGGACUUGUAAUUAUUAGGCAUAGCAGAGAGUUAGAUGUGUUUGAGUGCCUGCCAACUAUUUCACUUCCUUUUCAGCCAUACGAACCAAUCUCAAAUAGUUCUCCAUCCACACAGCGUGAUUUUAAAUUCGCACGACAGGGUGAUUCGCGUCCAAAUUCGCCGACAUCAUCAUCUCAGGGACCCGGCGAAAAUGAGCGUGGACAAUAUCCUUGCUCCAUUUGUAAAGUCCUUUCCGCUGCCAACAAAAUGGAAUGGCUCUCUACUAGCGCCGAACACAUGAAUUCGCAUGCCAUGCAUUUUCCCUGCUUGCGUGGAAGCAAUAGCAACAGUCGUGAUAAUGUCAGCUUAAGUGGCAACAAUGGAGGUGGUGGUAAUGGUAGCGGUGGCUCUGCCAAUAACAACGAUACCAACAAUCGUGUACUCGCCUGCAAGGAUUGUGUUAAUUACUUAGCGCGUCAAUGGGAGACAAUGGAUGCCGAGCGUGUGCCAUUAGAGCAUAGAAGAUACAAUAUACCUUCGCCCAUGAUCACUUCAAGCUCACCCAAUGGCUCACGUCAUGGCGGUCUAACCAUAACUACACCACCGUCCACGCCAUCUGUGUCUUCAACACCAGCCAGCACAUCGAUUUAUUGUUUCCUAUGUGGCUUGCAUUCGGAUUUGACAUUGGCGAGGGUGUUGUAUGCAAGCAAAGAGGGCUCGCGACCAUAUUUUCCUCAUCUCCUCAAGCACAAUUCGCUGCCAAAUGCUGAGCAACUGCGCAAGGAUUACUCAGCGCUCGUUUGUACAUUCUGCUAUCAUUCGAUGUUGAAUCAGUGGCGCAAGUAUGAAGCUCAAACGCCUGCUAUAGCGCCAACCGAACGCAAAUAUAAUUGGCACGAUUAUAUAUGUCACCUGUGUGGCAUAACGACUUACCGAAAACGUGUGCGCGCGCUACCAGUUAAUGAGUUUCCAUUUGUGAAAAAUCGUAAAAAUGGCGAUGGUCUUUUGUUGGAAAAUGGUGAAUACGCUGUUCGUUUGCUUGGACUGCUAGAAAGCCUACGACAACAAGCAUCGCAUCAUGAUCGUUUUGGUGUACCGAUUUCUAGGCGUGGAUAUAACUGGGUACCACAACCACCACCACCCGAAGAUAGUCCGGAUGUUGCAGUUGCACGUUUGCCAUGUGGAGAGCGUUCCGAUCGAUUU